AUGGUUCUGCCAAUGUUGCUCCUUCUUUUGACUCUGUUCUCAGCUGUGCAAGCUCAUAUUCCCCAUCUUAGGCACUCUCGUCUUCACCCAGUUUCACCUCCAAAACUCACAAGAAGGGCGGAUGAUGAUCCGUCAGACUUCUCCUGGGUAAAGAAAUGGGCAGCCAUUGGUGACAGCUACACCGCUGGCAUCGGCUCUGGGCGGCCCUUAGGCAGUAUCUUGGACGGCGAAAAGCUCGACGUCAAGGUGAAAACGUUGAACAUCACUCUACCCAACCUUGAGUUCAGCGGCCAUGGAAACUGGUACUGCGCCCGGUAUGAUAUGUCAUAUCCCAUGAUCAUUAAUAGACUUCUUGGCUCUCAGGUUGAGAGUUUUCAGUAUGCUGCUUGCAGUGGAGAUCGUGCUGGCCAGAUCUAUCAGCAAGCAGAGCAGAUUGAAGGAGAUCUUGACAUGGUUAUGUUGACAGCCGGUGGCAAUGAUCUUUGCUUGGCUGGUAUCAUUUCAGACUGCAUUCUUCUCUCCGCUAACAAUGAGGAGGCUUGCGAAGCCGUCCUCCAAGUGGCUGAAGACAAUGCUGAUAAUAUCAUCAAGAACAACAUGAAAGAAAUUCUUUACGCCUUGAACAAGAAGGUAAAGAAAAACGGCAUUGUUGUUGUCCUUGGAUAUGCCGAGUUCUUCAGCACCGUGGAUGCUAGCUGCGAGGAUGAGGAGUGGGACAAAAAGGCGUUUCUUGAGCCCAUCCAAACGCCUCAAAGGUUAACGAUUGGUCGUCGUCACCGGUUCAAUGCCCUCGUCAGAAGGAUCAAUAGAGCCACUGCUGAUGCGGUCAAUGACAUCUCCAAGGACGAUGAUGUUGAGUACAAGAUCGGCUUUGCAGACUGGAACCCUUGGGUGAAAGAUGCGAGUAUCGAUGGGCAGAUGUGCUCUCCCUCUGCUAAUGGAGACUACCCUAGCAAGGACCAGCCUCAGAUGCAGUUCAUCAAGCCCCCCACAAACCCUUCACCUGGAGAGCAUAACGAUCUGAAGAAACGUGGAGAUGGGGCGUCAGAUUACUACGACUAUUCUCGAGGCGAAUUGAAGCGUAGGCGCGCCACUGAAAGCAUCUGGAGGUCCAAGUUCUUCAACAGCGCCAACCCGCAGGAGCUUGUACGCAGAGUCCUCGGUCGUCGUGACCCAAAGCCUCCAGGUUGUCCUUCAGAUGAAGAUAGAGAUUGGACAAUGGGCCUUGGACUUCCAAACAGCAUUGCGGAGAACUUCCAUCCAAACGAGAAUGGACAUGUCACUAUGGCCAGUUUCGCAAUGGCUGAGGCGAUGGACCUUCGCUCGCUAGUGCUGGGCAUAGAUGCUCCGUCAUGCGAGGUCAAGGACGAGUUCAAAUGCUGGUCUGAUGAUAACUGGAAGAUCUACUCCAGCGCUGAUCGGCUGGAUAAGCACUACGAAGACUUUUGCAAAAACAUUGAGCAGCCUGAUCAUGAAAAGGGUUGGGACUAUUACAAGGUUUAUGACGAAGGUACUCCGGAUGAGCACGAGUUCAGAAUCUCGCUCAAUGAUGACGUCGCAGACUACGACGUGAAUCAGUGCAUCGACUCAUUCAAGAAGCUCAUUCACAACUGCGAUACCAACCGCAAGAUGAACUGGAAGACUGGAGGCAAAUAUGUCCGCGACGAUGGAGCGUACACUUACGAGGUUAGCCCAACGCGCUACAACAGACCCUGGCCACCACCAGAGUAUGCCCAAGGGACUUGCAAAGGAUGGUGGCACAUUUCUCACAGCUCAUAUACGAUAGAGGGCGGUGGGUUCUCAACUUGGGACUUUGGUCAGAAGACGAUGAAACCGAGUAUGAAUGGAUGCUAUGGACUUGGGACGACGGCUUGGAAGUUCGAGUACUAUGAUGAGCCAACGGAGGACGGGUAUGAGUGGAAGCUUACGUUUAAUACUCCUGUUUUUGUGAGAUCGAGAUGUUUCAAGAAUAACAAGGUUGUUAAGGGUGCUGGUGGGUGGACUGAUGGUUGCGGAGGAAACGACUGA